AUGAUGGAGAAGUUCAAAAAGGCCAGUGGUCUCGAUAAAACCAGCACCAUGUCCAAGGAGCCUGAGCAGCGAUACAUGAUGAAACAUAUCCAAGUCUACCAGCCUAAGCCACCAACCGAGAUUGCUGAACUUCUUCAGUUGUUCUACUCGGUUGCUAUGGAGGAUCCUGCCAAUUUGGCAGAUACUAUCCACAAACUCCAUGAGGAAUACAAGCAAAACCCCAAGAAGUCAGAGCAGUUCUGCAUCCUACAUGCUUUUGGCGAAAAGUAUCACCUCACUCACUCCUUCACCUUUGCCCCUGAUAACUGGAAGGAUAGUGACAACGCUCAGAUCAAAGAGCAUCAUGGCAAACCCAUUUUGUUUACUGGAUUUGAGAGCGAGGUUGGACGGGACUUGCUCACGCUUACAGCUGACCCUGCUGAUCUCUUUGGUUUGAAAACCAAACAGCUUGCUUCUUGGGAUGCUUGCUGCAAGCUCACAGAAGGUUUCGCUGCCACGGAUGAUGAAACUGCCAAGACCGUUGGUGCAUUCCCUUUUCUCCCCAUCAUUGGUCGAGAUUGGUGUGCAAAAGUUGCCAAUGGUCUGUAUCCUAUGGAUAUCAGCAAAAGCUGGACACCUUCCCAGUUGAUUGCUUGUCUCAAGGAGUAUGCCGUGGCCUGUGACAGCAGUCGUCUGGUGAAAACCAACAUCCAAAACACCAUUCGGUGCUUGGCUAGCAAAGACUCCAAUGAACCACUGCAGUGUCAGGCCGCCAUUAUUGCAGCAGAAAUCAAAGUCAAGCUAGAGGAACCCUUCAUUGCUGCCCAUCUCAAAGCAAUGCAAGCAACCUUUCAGCCCACCGUGAGUCUUCUCAAUGAUGACCCAGCCAGCAAUAAGGAGCAACCCUCCUCCAACAAACAGUCCCAGGAGCAGUCACACUCCACCAGAAGGGAAUCAACUUUGGGUCAGGAGCAGCAUCACUCCUCAGAAGAACCCCGCCAGGCCCAGGAGCAGCACUCCAUCCAAGGGCACAGUCGUGCACCACCGGCACAACAGCAGCAGCAGCAGCAGUCCUCUGCCAUCACCACAACUGGUGCAGAUUCGAGGCGCAAUCUCUUUGAUCAUCCACCGACUGAUAGGGGUGACUCAAAUAUGGUGGAGGAUUUGCCAGAGCCAUUUACCAAAGUUCCUGCAACUGUUACUUUGGCCAAACUGACAUGUCUCCGUGGCUGGACUCGCAGUCCCACAUGGAAUCACAUUGACGGUUUCUGGGUGAAUUUAUUGGCCCUUUGCAAACAUGAUCGUGCUCUAUGGUUUACCAACCUGCCAAAUGAAUUUGUCAAACAAUCAAGCAACUGCCAAGCGGACUGGGAGGUGCCUCCAGUACCCAAAACCAUUGCAGGACUAUUGGCGUUCAUUGAACGAGUUGCUUUCUUCACAGCUGAAUUUGCAUCCAGAUCAAUGUUACAUGCCUAUGCUCGACAGCUGGCACAGGCACUCGAAGAGUGGCAACCUGGGCUAGCAGCCAACCCUCAGUGGAUCAACCAGAAAGCCGGCGAAGUCAUCUACACAUUGGUCUUAAUUGAACGAGAGGAGUUCUCCAGAACCUAUCAACUUGAUGAUUUUGUUGACGAUGAUGGACAAGAAACAGAACCAUGCUAUCCAAUGCUUCCAUCCCAAGUGCCACAGCAGGCAUUCACUCUCUUGCAGAGUAAUCCCUGUUACCCCCCUGAUGCUCUUCCAAAGGCAUUGAAACCCACCCCAACACAGGAGCACUCAGCUUCCACUGCAACUGGGGUCGGCAGUUCCCGGGGUUUUACAUCCCAAAACGAUGCUGAGAUUCGUCGCCUUCGACGAGAGCUUGAUCGAGAAAGAGCUCGAGGUCAGAACAACAAUAGCAAGAAACGCAAAGAACCAACUGGCGCAGGACCAAACCCACGUCAAGCAAGUGGUUUUCAAGAAUUCUUUGCCCAGCUACCCGAGGAAAAGUCUAAGAAAGGGCUAAGUGUGUUGCUUCAAAAUGGAGGAUCAACUCCACCCCAAACCUUGAAGACCUUGGAUCUCCCUAUGAACACAUGUCUCAGGUGGAUUAUUGCUGGCCGUCAGUUUCUACCCACACAAAAAUCCAAUGCUCAGAAGUCCAAAGCAUCCAAAUUUGGACCACAGUCCCAAACUCAAAAACCUCCAACAACAGUCCGAGUCCACACGGCCCAUCAGGCAAGGCCACCAGGACUUCCCCCUCUCAAAUCUGCUCCACUUCCCAAGCCACUGCAGACAUGGAACCCACCCAAACUAACUCCAUCUGUGGCCAAGCCAAACCUCCACGCCAACAGCAGCCACACAAAAGCACCAGUCAACCCACCCAAAGCCAAGACCAGUCAGUUGCUUCGUGCUGCCCUUGAAGAAAAGAAGAACAAGCAACGGCUUCACAAUAAUCAGAUUCCGAAGUCAAUUAGUUCACCAGUUGGAGGCAUCCCACUUUCAGACAAACAAAUCCUACAGCACCUAACAGAUCAACAGAUAUGCAAUGGAAGGUUGUCCAGUUGCCCUUGA